AGCAGCGCGGAGCGGGCGGAGCCGUCAUGGCCCACUCACCGGUGGCGGUCCAAGUGCCCGGGAUGCAGAAUAUCAUAGCCGACCCAGAAGAACUGUUCACAAAAUUAGAGCGCAUUGGGAAAGGCUCCUUUGGAGAAGUUUUCAAAGGAAUUGAUAACCGUACCCAGCAAGUGGUUGCUAUUAAAAUCAUAGAUCUCGAGGAAGCCGAAGAUGAAAUUGAAGACAUUCAGCAAGAAAUAACUGUUUUGAGUCAGUGUGACAGCGCAUAUGUAACAAAAUACUAUGGAUCUUAUUUAAAGGGGUCAAAAUUAUGGAUAAUAAUGGAAUACUUGGGUGGAGGUUCUGCACUGGAUCUUCUGCGAGCUGGCCCAUUUGAUGAGUUCCAGAUUGCCACCAUGCUAAAGGAAAUUUUGAAAGGUCUGGACUAUCUGCAUUCAGAAAAGAAAAUUCACCGGGAUAUAAAAGCUGCCAAUGUCUUGCUCUCCGAACAAGGAGAUGUUAAACUGGCUGACUUUGGAGUUGCUGGGCAACUGACAGAUACGCAAAUUAAAAGAAACACCUUUGUAGGAACACCAUUUUGGAUGGCUCCUGAAGUUAUUCAACAGUCAGCUUAUGACUCAAAAGCUGACAUUUGGUCCUUGGGAAUCACGGCCAUUGAACUAGCCAAGGGAGAGCCACCGAACUCUGAUAUGCAUCCAAUGAGAGUUCUGUUUCUUAUUCCAAAAAACAAUCCUCCAACUCUUGUUGGAGACUUUACUAAGGCCUUUAAGGAGUUUGUUGAUGCCUGCUUGAACAAAGAUCCAUCAUUUCGUCCUACAGCUAAAGAACUUCUGAAACACAAAUUCAUUGUGAAAAAUUCAAAGAAGACUUCAUAUUUGACUGAGCUGAUCGAUCGUUUUAAGAGAUGGAGGGCAGAAGGACACAGUGAUGAUGAAUCGGAUUCCGAAGGCUCAGAUUCGGAAUCCACCAGCCGAGAAAACCAUACUCACCCUGAAUGGAGCUUUACCACAGUGCGGAAGAAGCCGGAACCAAAAAAACUACAGAAUGGGGCGGAGCAAGAUUUUGUGCAAACUCUGAGUUGUUUGUCUAUGAUAAUCACACCUGCAUUUGCUGAGCUUAAACAGCAGGAUGAGAACAAUGCUACCAGAAAUCAGGCAAUUGAAGAGCUUGAGAAAAGCAUUGCUGUGGCUGAAGCUGCCUGUCCUGGCAUCGCAGAUAAAAUGGUGAAGAAAUUAAUUGAAAAAUUUCAAAAGUGCGUAGCAGAUGAAUCGCCCUAAGAAACAUCUUAUGAUUGGCUUGUGUUUCAUAUGGGCCCAGAGAAACCCACCAAAGCGACUUCAACCUUAACAGUGCUUAAUUUAGGAGCUCCAUGUGCCUUUUGGAUCUUUGCAACAUAUUGAUGAUGAAAUUGUAGAAGAACCUAUUCAGCUGUUCUGUGAUGGUGUUUAUUAUUUUAUAUUUUAAAAAGAGUAUUUUGUAAGGAGUAACCAAAUACUAUAGUUUCAUCCGUAUUCUAGUAAAUGUUGAGAUACAGUUUUGCUUUUAGGUAGCGUUAUUACUUAAGUUGCUAGGAUAGGAUGAAUACCUUUCAUCAUUAGUUACCUGUACACUCGUGAGACAUGCAGGGUCUCUCAAAGUCAUCCCAAAUUCAACUUUGUAAGUCACCAAACAUGAAAGGCUUUUUCUUUUCAUAGGCAAUCAUAUUCUAAACAGGAGUACUGGUGGGGAGGUUGAAGUGACACAUGUCUUCAUCCAGAUGGUUGUGUUAGCCCUCAGAAAGUAAAGCUGGAAAAGUAUUGGUUCUUCUACCAAGCUGGUUGAAUAUUCCAGGCAGCUCACUGAUUGUCACAUUUGAUAGCUCUGUGUUUGAGACAUUUGCAGGCAACAUGUAGCAAUACAGGUACUUCUUGGUAUGCAGUAUUUACCUCCCAUUUUAGAAGAAACAAUUUACUCUUAUUUAACAUAGUUGGAAACUCAAAGCAAUACCAUCUAUCCCAGAAUGGGUAUUUGGUUAUUCUGGACAAAAAAGUCUGGUGUGGGUUUUUUUGUUUUCUUUUUGUUUUAUCCAACUAAAAUUUCAUGUUAUAUACUUUGAUUUGGGGAAUUUAAAAACGCUGAUAUGAAUAUAACUUACACCAGCAUAUUUUCUCAUUGUGAUAAAUUGUUUUGUCAACUAUUUAUACAUUUUUGUUCCUCAUAAUUAAUAAUGCAUUAGCAUCAUUUCUUCCUUUUUGAAGGGUAUUUAAGUGAGCAUUUUCUAGUUCAUAAGAAAGCCAUAGUAAGUAUGGGUUGGUGUCUUUCUAUUCAAACGUAAGUUAGACUGUACAGUUAAUUUUCAUUGAUAUUUAUGGUACUGUUAAGUGGGUAAUAGUUUUUUUUUAUACCCAGUAUAUAUAUUAUGCCUAAGUUGUGAACUGGGGCUACAUUUCAAUAGUUGUAGAAUUAUUGAUAUUAGUUUGAAUAGUUAAUGUUUUAAUAUUUGCAUCUGCACAAUUGAGUUUCUACACGUCUUUUUAAAAAUCAGAAUCCAGUGCCAAAUGUUAGAAUGAAGAUAGACUUCAAGUUAAGAAGACAGUUUUCUGCCUAAGUGGCCAUUACACCCUCUUUCUUUAAGAUAAUACAAUUAUUACUUGACAAAGAUGUAGUGGUGCCACAUCCCAACAAAGUUAUUUUCAUUUGUGCCUAUACUGUAACAGUCCUUUUGAACACAUUGUAUUUUGAAGUAAUGGUUCAUUAAAAAUUUUCACCUGCUAUGUAACUGAAACUCAAUUACGACUUGUAAUCUGUAGAGAUCUGGAAAUAAUUUUGCAACUCGUUUCAUGGGUUGAAUAUUUUUGUAAAAGUAAAAGCAAUGUUUAUAUAAGUCUAUUUGGAACUUUAAGACACAAGUUUUUAAGACAUCACGGGCAAAUUGUAUGACUUAUUGUUAUUAUAGCUAUUAGACCUAUAAACUGUUUGUAGGUGAAGCAUAUUCCAGUAUUUUGGGAGCUUUAAAAAUAAAUAUUUACAUUUCAUGGUU